CAGAGCGCACUGAGCCCGGCGCCGCUCUCUCGCGACCCCCGCCCGGCCCGCGCGCCCGCCCCGCUCGCCGCCGGCGUCGCCCGCCCCCGCCCUCCUCCCUCCCUUUCUCGCUCCCUCCCUCCCUCCCCGCGCCGCUCGCAGCCGCAGCCCCCGGACCCGGAGGAUUAUGAGCGAACCAUGAGGCGGCUGCGGCGCUGGGCGAUCGCGGCUCUGCUGCUGUUACCGCUUCUCCCCCCGCCCGGUCUUGGGGCCCUGGGUCCCAGAGGAGCUCUGCACUGGAGGAGCUCAGCCCAUGUGGGGAGCCCAGAGAGUCCAGAGGGCUCUGAGGUCACAGAGCCCAGCCGGCUGGUAAGGCAGAGCUCCGGGGGAGAGGUCCGAAAGCCACAGUUGGACACCAGGGUCCGCCAGGAUCCGCCCAGGGGGACGCCUGUGCACCUGGCCCAGGUGAGUUUCGUCAUCCCGGCCUUCGACUCAAACUUCACUCUGGACCUGGAGCUGAACCAUCACCUCCUGUCCUCGCAGUAUGUGGAGCGCCACUUCAGCCGGGAGGGAACAAGACAACACAGCACUGGGGCUGGAGACCACUGCUACUACCAUGGGAAACUCCGGGGCAACCCACAGUCCUUUGCUGCACUCUCUACAUGCCAGGGGCUGCAUGGGGUCUUCUCUGAUGGCAACCUGACUUACAUCGUAGAGCCUAAGGAGAUAGCUGGGCCCUGGGGACCCCCACAGGGACCCCUUCCCCACCUCAUUUACCGGACCCCUCUCCUCCCAGCCCCCCUUGGAUGCAGGGAGCCAGGUAAGAGAGGGGAAGGGGGUGGGGCUGGACGGCCGGGCCCCUCUUACCUACUGUUCCCCACAGGCUGCCUGUUUGCUGUCCCUGCCCAGUCUGCUCUCCCCAACUGGCCCAAGCUAAGAAGGAAAAGGCAGGUCCGCAGGGGCCACCCCACAGUGCACAGCGAGACCAAGUAUGUGGAGUUGAUUGUAAUCAAUGACCACCAGCUGUUUGAGCAGAUGCGGCAGUCAGUGGUCCUCACCAGCAACUUUGCAAAAUCUGUUGUGAACCUGGCAGAUGUGAUAUACAAGGAACAGCUCAACACAAGAAUUGUUCUGGUUGCCAUGGAAACGUGGGCAGAUGGGGACAAGAUCCAGGUGCAGGAUGACCUACUGGAGACCCUGGCCCGGCUUAUGGUCUACCGGCGGGAGGGUCUGCCUGAGCCCAGUGAUGCCACCCACCUCUUCUCGGGUAGAACCUUCCAGAGCACCAGCAGCGGGGCGGCCUACGUGGGAGGCAUCUGUUCACUGUCCCGGGGUGGAGGUGUGAACGAGUAUGGCAACAUGGGUGCCAUGGCGGUGACCCUGGCCCAGACGCUAGGGCAGAACUUGGGCAUGAUGUGGAAUAAGCACCGGAGCUCAGCAGGGGACUGCAAGUGUCCAGACAUUUGGCUGGGCUGCAUCAUGGAGGACACUGGGUUCUAUUUGCCCCGCAAGUUCUCGCGCUGCAGCAUCGACGAAUACAACCAGUUUCUGCAGGAGGGAGGCGGGAGCUGCCUGUUCAACAAGCCCCUCAAGCUUCUGGACCCUCCCGAGUGCGGAAACGGCUUCGUGGAGGCGGGAGAGGAGUGCGACUGCGGGUCGGUGCAGGAGUGCAGCCGAGCAGGGGGCAACUGCUGCAAAAAAUGCACCUUGACGCACGACGCCAUGUGCAGCGAUGGGCUCUGUUGUCGCCGCUGCAAGUAUGAGCCACGAGGUGUCUCCUGCCGAGAAGCGGUGAAUGAGUGUGACAUUGCAGAGACCUGCACCGGCGACUCAAGCCAGUGUCCCCCUAACCUUCACAAGCUGGACGGUUACUACUGUGAUCAUGAGCAGGGUCGUUGCUAUGGAGGCCGCUGUAAAACCCGGGACCGGCAGUGCCAAGCCCUAUGGGGCCAUGCGGCUGCGGAUCGUUUCUGCUAUGAGAAGCUGAACGUGGAGGGGACAGAGCGUGGAAACUGUGGACGCAAGGGAUCUGGUUGGGUCCAGUGCAGUAAGCAGGAUGUGCUCUGUGGCUUCCUUCUGUGCGUCAACAUCUCUGGAGCUCCGCGGCUAGGGGAUCUGGGGGGCGACAUCAGCAGUGUCACCUUCUACCACCAGGGCAAGGAGUUGGACUGCAGGGGAGGCCACGUGCAGCUAGCUGAUGGCUCGGACCUGAGCUAUGUGGAGGACGGCACGGCCUGUGGGCCCAACAUGUUGUGCCUAGAUCACCGCUGCCUGCCAGCCUCUGCCUUCAACUUCAGCACCUGCCCUGGAAGUGGAGAGCGAAGGAUCUGCUCCCAUCAUGGGGUUUGCAGCAACGAGGGGAAGUGUAUCUGUCAGCCAGACUGGACAGGCAAAGACUGCAGUAUUCACAACCCACUGCCCACGUCCCCUCCCACUGGGGAGACUGAGAGAUACAAAGGUCCCAGCGGUACCAACAUCAUCAUUGGCUCCAUCGCCGGGGCUGUCCUGGUCGCAGCCAUCGUCCUGGGCGGCACGGGCUGGGGAUUUAAAAACAUCCGUCGUGGAAGGUACGACCCGACCCAGCAGGGGGCAGUGUGAUGCCGGCCACGUCAUCCCUCCCGCUGUCCUUGUCUCCAUUUCAUCCGUCCCUUUGCAUUCUGUUGACCGGGAGCUGGGACCGAUCCGAUUCCCGAAGCCCUGCAGGGAGCCUGGGAAGCGAGUCCUCUGUCUGCUCAGGCCCUUCCUCCUGCCCACCCGCCUGUUGGGCCCUGGCCCACCUUCAUCUGUCCUUUCUGCCGCCGGGUCCCAUGGCCGGGUGGGCGCUGGAACUGUGCCCUGCAACCCCUUCCGCUAGGAGGGGGCCUCCCCCUGCGUCCUGCCCAUCUGUUUUGUCUACCAUGCCACCGCUGUCUGACCUCUGCCAGAACCCCCACCUGGCCAGCUUGUGACUUGAUGCCUCCAGGACCUCUGGGGAGGAGCGGGGCAACUAGAGGGCUCACCCUCAGAGCCCAGCCUCAAGUCCUCUCCUGAUGCCCUCUCUCCAUUCCAGGUCCGGAGGGGCCUAAGUGCCACCCUGCUCCCUCCGAGCCUGGCACCCACCAUCUCGGCCCUGAACCACGAGGCUGCCUCCACCCUGCCACAGAGGGAGGCACCGUGCAAAUGUCUUCCGGGUCCGAACCCUUCAACUCCUGGCUGCACAGGGGUUGGGGGUUGGGACUGUGAUAUCGCCUUUCAGACCACCUGGGUAGAGGGGCCGGGAGGAGGACGCUUCCUGCCCAGUUCCCCAUCCCACCUCAUGCGGCUUUGGCCUUGCACACGUCUCCCCCUGUGAAUGUAGCCUCCAUCAUCACAGACUGCCACAGCUCACGUUGGGGCCUGGACCGGUGCCUGGUGGGGACAGCUGGGUGGCCCCUCUUCAAAACCAGGCAGCUGGAACCAGGGGAGUAGCUCCCCUGGACCUCACGGGAAGGGGCUGAUCUACAUUUUCUCUCUCUCUCUCUCUCUCUCUCUCUCUCUCUCUCUCUCCCUCUUUCUCUCUCUCUUUCUCUCUCUCUCUUUUGUUUUACUACUUAAUCUUAACUGAUGAAUGUAACCUUUGGGUUGCUUGGGGCCAGGGGGCAAUUGUAGGGAUGUUUUGACACUUACAGGAGGGCCUCCUGGGCCCGAGGCCUUGAGACCUCCCACAUCCCUCCCUGGGAGGCCCAAACGAAUCCUGUCAGGGAACCCAGCUGGGGCAGGGCAGCCCUGCUUGCCCCACCUCUGCCCAGCUUAGUAGAAGUCAGAGUGCUGAUUCAAACCAAAGCUGCCUGUCCCGUGCCCACUGCCUAGCUCAUGGGACUCUGUCCCAGACUGUCUUCGAUUCCAAACUGACCAUCCUGUCCCUGCCAGGGUGCAUGCAUUCGGGGGUAUAGAAAAAUAUAGUCCCUAAAAUAAAACUCCACCUUUCCCCUUUCAAGAAGGGUGAUUCUGGGGCUGUCUCAGGGUUCAGGUGCCCCCUGAUGUGGCCUGGCUGUUCUGGAGCAGGCUAUCGUAGCAGGGAGGACUCUCAGUAGGGAGAACCAGGGGUGGCCCUGUGCCCCAGGGUUAGUGCCUGUGAUGUGUAUGAGGAGAUGGGGAAAGGGCAGGCCUCGUGGAUGGUUAUAGGUGACUAGGAAAAUUCUCAAGUCCUCAAUCCAUACCCACCCCCGUCACAAGUUUUAUUCACCUGUAGUCUAGGGCUGAGUAGUAAGUUUACAGAUGUUCCUGUCUGCCCUCCUGACUGGUCCUUGCUGCCGCCCAGCCUGAGAGCUGGACCAAGGCUGGCAGAGCUGCUCAGCCCUCCCACAGUCCAGCAGGGCCAGCCUUCACAACCCUAUGUGAGACACACACGCUCUGGCUCCAUGCCCUAAGAGCUGGCGGGGCAAGAUAGAGCAGGCUCUCUUAUGGACGAAAACCACAAUGUAAGGAAGCCCCUUCUAGGGGACACCCCACUCAGGCUAAGUAGUAGUUCUAGGUACCCCAGAGACAGAGGGUUACCCGUUUGUGUACCUCCUAUUUCUGAGGACUCUUCAAGGAAGGCUAAUGGAGAAAAUGGCUUCAUUUAUCUAAACCAACCCAGUGGCCGGCACCUUGGAGCCUACGGCCCACUGGCAGCUUUGGGGGUAGCCAGAUGGUGUUGGCCACAGUGGGGUCCUCAGUGCUGAGCCCCAGGUGCCACUGUCCUAGUGACAACAGGACAGAUGCAGGCCACCAGCCCCACUAGCUGAGGUCAGGGGAAAGGCUGCAUUUUGCAUUGUUGCUGGGAUACCUCGAGACCUCCAUCAGGUGGCACAUGCACACACAGGUGGCAGUGCACCUGGGUGCAGACAUGUGAAUCCACGCCUCUGCACCACUGUGAAGGCCUCUGCAUACAAGGGCAUGACCAUGUGUGUCCUCGUGUCCUUGGUGAAGAACACAAGACUUCCUGUGGCCAGUCCACCCGAGGCGUCCAACUUCCUGCAUCCCCUUGCCCCACCCUAGCAGUGCCUGGCCUGGCAGCACCUAGGAAAGAAAGAGAGGAGGGGGGCUGCAUUCACCUGGCCCAGACCUGGGUCCCUCCGCAUCCUGUAAAUAUGUCAUCUGGGCUGGGUUGGGGAGGCAGGGCCCGGGGCCCACAUUAAAGAUUAAAGAUCACAUUCUGGGCUUCCAUUGAGCUCACACCAAC